UUUCAAACACAUUUCUUUUUAUCUGAAUUGAGUUGUGAGGUUAAUGUGGUUUUCAGUAAUUGGAUUGUCCAUGAAUUGCCAUAGAAAUUAAGCAAGUCAUCCAUGGAAAAAAACUCUUCUAUAUAAAGGGUCACAAGCCAAAGCCACUUCUUGUCCAAGCAGUUUUUCAAUUCCUCCUUCGAAUUUUAUUUUUCUCGGUUUAUAUUUGAUUAAUUAAUAGAGAAAAAUGACAGUCAUCAAUGAUGUGGAGGCUGAAGUAGUGAUCAAAUCCUCUGCUGAGAAGUUCUUUGGGAUCUGGAAGGACAAGCCAUACGAAAUCCCGGUUGCUGCUUCAGACAAAAUUCAGAGCAUUGAAUUGCAAGAAGGUGAAUGGGGAAAAGUCGGUUCUGUCCUCUACACCACUUAUAUCUUUAAUGGGAUAGCUAGAAGUUGCAUAGAGAGAGUUGAAGAAAUAGACGAGGAAAACUAUACGAUAACUUUCAGAAAGAUCGGAGGGGACGUUAUGAAGAACUUAAAGAGCUUCAAAGCCACACUGAAAUGCAUACCAAAUGGGGAAGGAGGGACUGUAGUGCAGUGGCUUAGGGAAUAUGAGUUUCUGAAUGGUGGAGUCCCAACUACCAACCCCAAAAACAAGGAUGAAUUUGCACUUGAUCUUGUUAAAAAGAUCGACGCUCACCUUUUAAAGUCAUAAAAAUUGCCCCAGAAGAAACCCAUCAAUAAAUUGCUUUCCAAAUAUAUAUUUCAGUGCAAUAAAAAGUUCACGAUUUAUAUGCUUUGUGGUGGUUCUCUAUGUUUUCUCUUGAUAUGAAAAGUUUUGUGUAUUGUCAAUCAAAAAUUUGUUGGCCAUAUGUAUUCCAUAUGUUUUUCUCUUAAUUAGUAUUAUUGUCUAUUGGAUUCUUGUAUUUCUUUAUUA